UUGUCUCUUUUUUCCAGGAUGUCUGUGAAAAGUGUGAAAGGGAGUACAGACAGUAGAUCGACGUCUGUGGCCAGCCUGUCUCCCAGAGCGGGAGGAAGGGCUGCAGCAGCUGGACGACAGCCUGCUGCUGGGAGAUUCAGGAACAAGGCCCUUCAGCUAAGCCUCUCCAAGAAAUUUUGUUCAAAUUCACAGUCCCGCUCGGCCAAAGGGAAGAACUCUGGUGUGGAGGCGGCUUCCAAGCGCGGUAAAAGGAGUCUUAGCAACAGCUCAGCAGUAGCCGCUGCCUAUAUCUCUUACCUCAACAAACUGUUUGGACAGGAGAGAGAGCUGAUGCCUCAGGAACUAGAUGAGCUGCGGGAGGCCUUCAAAGAGUUCGACUAUGAUGCAGAUGGUUUCAUCCAUUACAAAGACAUCGCAGACUGUAUGAGAACCAUGGGAUACAUGCCGACGGAGAUGGAGCUCAUUGAGAUCAUCCAGCAAAUCAAAAUGAAAUGGGGUGGUCAUGUGGACUUUGAUGAUUUCUGUGAGCUCAUCGGCCCCAGGAUGGUUGCAGAAACAGCUCACAUGGUGGGACUGAGCGAGCUGCGCUCUGCCUUCAAACAGUUUGACUUUAAUGGAGAUGGAAAGAUAUCAUCUGAUGAGUUCAAGGAGGCCAUGAAGACGCUGCUGGGGGAGAAACUGAAGAAAGGAGAGCUGGAGGAGAUCCUCAGUGACAUUGACCUCAACAAAGAUGGCAACAUUGACUUUGAUGAGUUUUUGAUGAUGCUUUCUGCACAAUGAAGCCUAGCAGGAGGAGAGGGAGCUGAACUGCUGAUUUAUGGAUCUGAUUUUACAACUGACUCCUGUAGUGAACUGUGUUAAAUACUGUCUAUGUGAAGUUUUGGACUAUUACUUUGAAAAAUCAUUUUCGUUUUCAUAAUAAAAGUUUGAUUUGAAGCAUAGAUGAAACGGUGGCAAAAUAAACUUUGCUAGAUAUAACAGUGCUACGCUGUCGCCCCCUUGUGACGUAAAUGUGUACAGACCAAUGUUUAGAAAAAUCUGGCAGCAUACUAUGUGGGAAAGAAUCAAUAUCAUAUUCUGCUAUAAUUAUAUUAAUGAAGUACCUCAAACAUAAUCUUUAGAUUGCUUUGUGUUUGAAAAGUGGUGUUCAUUGGGCAUUGUAGCAAUGUGUUACUCAGGAUAUUAUAAAGAAAAAAUAAAACUGCUUUUGCUGUUUCCAUCUAUCCUUCUUCGCUUGACCACUCGGCCACCAGUCAAGUCAACAAUGAUUUUAUUCAUAUUUUAUGAAAAUUCUACAUUUCUUGUUGGCACCCAAGUUCUUAAGGAAAAUAGUUGCAACAAUAGAAAUAAGCCAAUACGCUUGUGAGUAAAUACAGAGCAAAAGAAGAUUACAUCCCGACGAUGGGAUUCGAACCCAUGCGGGCAGAGCACAAUGGAAUAGCAGUC